UGAUCAAGCCAAAUAACAACACUGUUUCACUACGUAAUCUCUCUCGCAUCUUCUCCGUCCCGACAAGAGCCAAGUUCCGCCCCGAACACAUCUCAUUCUUUCUUCAUCAAUCGCAAGUUGCAAUCUUUCAGUUUAUUUUCUCUCUCUCUUUCUGUUCUAAAUCGGCUUGGAUCUGUCGGGGGCUAUUUGGAAAGUUGGCGAUUUUUCGAACGACGAUGGAAAGCGAAUUGGUCGAAUUGUUCGAGGCGGCGAAGAAGGCAGCCGAUGCGGCGGCGAUCGACGGUGUAGCCUCCUCAGGUCCGGAGGUUUCUCGAUCUCUCGAUGCCCUUAAACAGCUCAAGAAGUUUCCCAUCACAUACGACAUGCUCGUCGCCACUCAGGUAGGUAAGAAGCUGAGGUCUCUUUCAAAACAUCCUAUCGACGAAAUCAAAACCGUAGCUACUGAUCUUCUCGAUAUAUGGAAGAAGCUUGUCAUCGAAGAGACAUCCAAGUCUAAGAAGGAUGCAAAUCCCGCGCCUGUGAAAGUCCAGAAGCUUCAGAGGGGUGAUUCAGCUAAGAGCAUCAAGGUAGAGAGAAAAGAACCAGUCAACAACGGAGUUAAGAUAGAGCAUCGUGGUCAGACUGGUGUCAAAGAUGAAAAGGCUCCUGCUAAGGCACCACCAACUAAUGGUGCACCGAAGCUGACUGCGAUGGUCAAAUGCAACGACCCCGUGCGUGACAAAAUCCGCGAGCUGCUUGUGGACGCCAUGUCCAAGGUCCAUGACGAAUCUGAUGAUUACGAUAGAGCCAGAGUUGUUGGAUGCGAUCCGAUCCGCGUCGCUGUGGCUGUGGAGUCUCACAUGUUUGAGAAACUGGGACGGUCGACGGGAGCUCAGAAGGUGAAGUACAGAUCUAUCAUGUUCAACCUGAGGGACAGUAACAAUCCGGACCUGAGGAGGAGAGUGCUCACAGGGGAGGUGUCGCCGGAGAAACUCAUUACGCUGUCUGGUGAAGAGAUGGCGAGCGACAAGAGGAAACAGGAGACCAACCAGAUCAAGGAGAAGUUUCUGUUCGAUUGUGAGCGUGGCCAGGCGCCGAAAGCGAGUACGGAUCAGUUCAAGUGUGGGAGGUGUGGUCAGAGGAAAUGCACUUACUAUCAGAUGCAGACGAGGAGUGCUGAUGAGCCGAUGACGACUUAUGUUACGUGUGUUAACUGCGACAACCACUGGAAGUUCUGUUGAGGUGUGACCAUGCUUCUAAGACAUAAGAGGAUCUGGUUGAUUUAUCAUCAAUCCAUUUGCCGAACACAUUCUUAGAAUGUUUGUGGCUCUGAUGUUUGUGUAAGGUUAUCAGUUUCAUUGUCUUAAGAGAUUAGUAAGUAGAGGAGUCUACUAAUAUAGGUGUCUAUAUAUCUCUUUAUUUCCUUUGCUUCUUUUAUUUCCAAACAUGUCAAACUUGUCAACCCUCUUUGCAAUUUUUAUCAAAGUUUUGAAGUUUAUUAUUA